AUGAUAUUUACGAAAAAAGGAGCAAUCCGAUUAAUUUCACCACUUGUGAAAAAUGUUUUUAUAGGGAAACAUAAUAAAUUUAAAUCUAAUUUAUUGACAACUACAAUAAAAUCGGAAUCAAAAAACGAUGUUGAAUUAUUUACUGUUCUUGGGAUUGAAACAUCAUGUGAUGACACAGCAGUGGGUAUAAUUCGAUCGGAUAGAAGUAUUCUCGGUGAGGCAAUUAAGUUACAACAAGAGAUUCAUGAACCAAAAGGUGGGGUGGUGCCAACUCUGGCAAUGGUAUAUCAUCAAACUUUCUUACCGCAAGUGGUGAAAAAUGCGUUGGAUAACGCUCGGUUGGAUGUGGUGCGUGACAUUGAUGUGAUUGCCGUUACAAGAGGUCCUGGAUUAGCACCUUGUUUAAGUGUUGGAUUGAAUGCAGCAAAAACUUUGGCUAUUGUCUUAGGGAAACCGUUAAUUGGCGUUCAUCAUAUGGAAGCUCAUGCGUUGACAGCGCGUCUCACAAAUCCAGAAUUAAAGUUUCCUUUUUUAGUACUACUCAUUUCUGGUGGUCACACUCUAAUCCUACUAGCACAUGGAAUCAACAAAUAUACUCAACUAGCCACAACUCUUGACGACGCAAUCGGCGAAGCGUUUGACAAAACAGCGCGUCUUUUGGGCCUUUCAUGGCUAAAAGGUCGAAAUGGUGGUCCCGGUGCCGCAUUAGAAGAGUUCGCGACCGCAGGUGAUGCAAAUAGAUAUCAGGUCCCAAUUCCAAUGACAAAAGAGAAGCGGACGAAAGAGAAUCCUAAUAUGAGCUUUAGCGGAUUAAAGACUUCUAUUAGCAUUUUGUUGGAAAAGGAAAAUUUGGAUCUGAAAGAUUUGCAAGUCAAGAGGGAUGUUGCUGCUGCUUUUCAAGCGACUGCGAUACGACAUUUAAACGAUAAAUUGAAUUUGGCUUUUGAUUGGUGCAAGGAGCGAGAUCUUGCUUUGAAUGGAUUGGUUGCUAGUGGUGGUGUUGCAAGCAAUAAAGCUAUUCGUACAAGGUGA